AUGCUUCGUAUGUGGACGUGUUUAUUGUUGGCGGGCGUUACGUUUGCUUGUGUUUGCAAUUUUGCUAUGACUGACCUGCGAGAACAGCGAGCGCUCCUGCGGCGCAGCUCGCUGGACCCCGAGCGCCGGCGCCUGUCGCUGGGCGCGCCCGCCGCGGCGCACCGCGCCUCCGACGCCUGCCUCGACCCGCACCACGCCGCCAUCCUCUUCCGGGACUCUCGAGGGGUCAAGAGUGCAUAUUCAGUCCUUGAAGCUUGGGACCGAAACAUGUUCAAUGCAGAAUCAAGUGAAGUAAAUUUCUCAACGUGGUUGUCCAUUCAAUUGGCGUAUGAAUAG